AUGGUUGUUGCGGCAGGCAAAUCGUGGAAGAGCAUCAACGAGUGGACGCACAGCGAGGAAUUCCGAGACAAUCAGAAACAUGUCCAAUGCGGAUCCAAAGAACCCACGCUCCACGAAAUGAUGGCCGCCAGCACCGUGACCAAACAGUGGCUGGCCCAGCACACCUGUGACAACUUGGAGGAGACUAGCAAGCGCAACCCCCACUGCCCCAAAUCUGGUCUGCGAGCAACCACCAACUCGGAACCCAUUCGAAUCGCCGUCAAAUGGCACAGCAUUGCAAGAAGUGACGGAUCGAGGGCCGCCACGGAUCAGCAAAUCGUCGACAGUGUGGACGCCCUCAAUCGAGCAUUUGCCCAUGCCACCACGGGAGGAUUUGUCUUUGAGUUUGACUUGGCACGCGACAAGACGGAAUCGUUUGACGAUGAUUGGCAUUCAUUGGAUUCGGAUCAUGAUCUCGACUACAAGUCGGAACUGCGACAGGGAGACUGCACCACACUCAACAUUUACAGUACAGGCCCUGUCGAAGGCGUCUUUGGAUGGGGCACCAAGGCAUUUCAUUGCUACGAUUGGGACAGUCAAGAUGAUGAACAGGAGGAUAAACCCACGUCGUGUUACAAUCGAUGUCAAGACGAAAUGGACAAUGACGGAGUCGUCAUUCGAUACGAAACCGUCGCGGGUGGAUCGGCUGAAGACUACGACGAAGGAGAUGUACUGGUUCAUGAAGUCGGACAUUGGCUGGGAUUGUAUCAUACCUUUCAAAAUGGAUGUGAUCGACCGGGAGAUUUCAUUCUGGAUACUCCUGCCGAAUCCGGUCCGGCGUUUGGUUGCGAGAAACCCAAGGAUACCUGCACGGGAGACGAUCAUGAAGGAUCCGAUCCCAUUCACAACUUUAUGAAUCUCAGCAAUGAUCCUUGCAUGUUCGAAUUCACCGACGGGCAGUUUGCAUGGAUGUACGCACAAUGGGAUGCCUAUCGAGCACCCUUGGCCGAAACUACAGACAAACCCUCUGUGGCUCCAACCUUCUUUCCAGCGACACCCAGCCCCACACCCAAGACAUCAUCCUUCACAUCCGUCAUUAGUAUUGUCAUACCCACACCCAGUCCCACACCCAAAAUGGAAUCUUUUGGUUCUGUCAGCAUCAAUUUGCCACCACAACAAGUAGUAGUACCGGUAGUAUCCAGAAUUAACGAUGACAUUGACAACAAUGCCACGGAAGCACUUGGCGUCGUUGCGACAGUCGCAACCAACUCUUCGGCUAGUACCACGACGAUACUAUCCGUCACCCGAAACAACGACAGAAACAAUACUCAAAAAACAAAAGGAGGAGGAGGCUUUUCGUCUUCCUCUCGGGGAACAACCGCAAUCAUGGGAAAUGUGGAGGACAAUGAGGAUGAUGAUAUUUGGGAUGAUGUCGUCGUCGACGGUAGUGGUUGGACGGGGGAAAUUGGGGUGGAGGAGGAGUACGAAGAUUAUUAG